AUGCGGGGGUUCGCUUUUGCGCUCCAGGUCAAUGACCUCCUUCGCACCGCUGGACAUUCCAUCGACGAUCUGGUCGGGCCUCUUGCAGACAGACUGCAAGGCGGAGAGAGUGUUGGAGUAGAAGACUACCUGCAACGUCUCUCACAGUUGCUCGGUGGCGACGAAACUAGAGCAGAUACGCUCGUGACGGAGAUGAAAGAGGGCGGGUUGCUGGUUCCGGGGGUUCACGGCCUGGAACGGCUCCCCUGGCAAGUUAGACUUGUUCAACGAAAAUUGGAAAAAUUCGAGCUUGGAUUUGAUGAGACCUCAUUGCUCCAAGGACCACGCAUCGUGAAGGGCUUGAUUCAGGGCUCCCGAGCACAACUGGCCGGGAUACGGGACUGGGACCGUAUUGAGCUGGAGUGUGGAUCAACGCAUUUGACAGUGCGAUCGCAAUUCAGCGCGACAUUGAAGCUCAAGGUCAUUCGAGAGGGCAGCGCGCCGUUUGUAGUCGAAUUUUGGCCUAGGUCACAGGAUCAAGUCGAGGGAUAUCAGUACGAAGUGGUUGAGAAUGAGGAGCUAUGA